GUGUUACACACGGAUAGAUACUAACAUGUGGGAUAUGUGAGUGCGAGUUUCCGAACGAAGAUGUAAGAGUGAAUGAUUGAUUUGGACUGACGUAUGGAGAGUACAGUGUGAAUGCAGGAAGAAGUGCAAGUAAGACGUGUAAUAAGACGGAAAAAAACAAUAGUGAAGAAUUUUUAUCUUGUAAAAAGUAGGGAAGGGUGAAAAAUAAAGCUUUAAACGAAGACGGCUGUUUGUUUUACCGCCCCAACCCUACAAUUUUGGGGGCUCGUCCGCAGCGAAAAGAAGAUCAAACUGGAUUUCAUACUGUGUGUGACUGUGCGAGGCGGCGUGGUUACAUUUAAAAGACGAAUACAAAUCAUUGAAGAUGACAGCAAACGACGGCAUCUCCGAUGGCAGCAGUCAGCAAAGGUACGCUGAUUUUUAUCAAAAUAAUUUACACAUGACGGCCGAAUUAGUACCUAAAUUUAGCGGCCAAGACAGUACCUAUCCAGUAAGUAAAUGGAUACAAGAUAUUGAGGAUACUGGAGAAAUAUUCAAGUGGGCACCUUUACAACAAUUACUGGUGGCGAGGCGAUCACUCAUUGGUACGGCAGAAUUAUGGUUAAAAUCCGAAAGGCCAUUCAUGUCCUGGGAAGAGUUAAAAAGUGAAAUAAGUAAGGAAUUCCCUUCUACAUUAGACGCAAAGGCAGUACAUGAGGUUAUGAGUGCUAGAAAGAAAAAACGGAAUGAAAGUUGUCUCGAUUAUUUACUCAUAAUGAAGGAAAUGGGCAAGCGUGGUAAAUUAGCUGAUUACAUCACUAUUAAAUAUAUUAUAGAUGGCAUUAUUGAUCAUGAAAGUAAUAAAAUUAUGCUGUACGGUAUUAAGACUUACAGUGAAUUAAAAGAGAAACUAAAAAUUUAUGAAAUGGUAAAAUCAAAAACAUUGGAAAGACCGCAAUACGAACAAAGAAAUAAUUAUCAACAUGGUGAGCAAAGAACAUAUUCUAAGAAAAAUGUACGUUGCUAUAACUGUGGUGAUUUGGGUCAUUCAUCAUACGGUUGUCCAAAUAAAGGAAAAGGCAUUAAAUGUUUUAAGUGCAAUGAUUUUGGUCAUAUUUCGACAGCAUGCAACAAGAAAUCGAGCAACGGCACGCAAUUUGAAAUUAAAGAUGGAGGACAUCGCAAAUACGUCAAUAGGUUUGAUAACCGAAUAAGUGAACCGAAAAAGAGUGAACUACAAGCUGAUACGUCACAACGAACGAUGUUCGGAUCGUUGGAUACAACUGCUAACUUCACAUCAAAUGGCGGCGGAAAUGAGCAAUCUAUGAUCUGUCAAAAUGAGGAACAACUUAUGUCAAAUGUCAAUGUCAUCAAAGAGGUUAUGAAAAUUGUAAACAAGGAUGAUAAAUUGAAGAAUAUACAGUGUAAACCAGUGAAAAAGGUAAUAAUAAAUAAAACUGAAGUUAACGCAUUAAUUGACUCAGGCAGUGACGUAAAUUUAAUUAGUGAGAACUAUU